UUCCUGAGAGCAGUAUGUCUGCAAGGUUUCGUUACAAUAUACUUGUAUUUGUGGUCGUUAUUUCCACUGCCACUUUAUGUAAAGGAGACAAAUGCUCUUUCAAAGAUGGCAGCGAAGGCAAGUGCAAACUUCUAAAGGAAUGUCCGACCGCUGUCCAACAGAUAAAAACAAAGGAUGAUCCCGUCAUAUGUGGAAUCAAUGGAACUGAACUGAUUGUGUGCUGCAAAGAUGAAGAUGUGAUGGAAAUGGUUAGUACUACCACGAUAACCAGUCAAGUUCCUAGUAGAACACCAGGAGAUAUAAGCAAACAAAAAUGUAAGGAAUAUUCGGAGUAUGCCUACGAAAAGAUUCAGUCUCCCACACUAUUGCUUAACCCGUAUGUCACAAAAAAACUUGAGUGUGACAUUCAAAGAAACAGACUCGUUGUGGGAAGUACCUUGGCAGCAAGAAGGGAAUUUCCUCAUAUGGCUCUUAUUGGUUAUCAACCUAGCGAUGAAAUUCGUUGGCUUUGUGGAGGUUCUCUUAUAAGUGAAAAUUUCGUCCUCACUUCUGCAGUUUGCUUGUUUACAAAGUAUGACGGCUAUCCGAAACUGGUAAGGAUUGGUUUCACAAACAAGACGGAUCCCACUCAUAUGCAAGAACGAACGGUUAGUGAAAUAAUCCCCCAUCCCAAACACAACAACAAGAAAUACCACGAUAUCGGUCUCUUGAAGCUCUCAAAGGACGUAAAGUUUAGCACCUACGUACGGCCAGCGUGUCUUCAAACAGAAUAUUAUAUUCCCCAUAUCUUAGCCAUAGCCUCAGGGUGGGGGUCCCUUAAUUUUACAAACGAUCUUAGCAACGAUUUGUUGGCAACAGUACUGGAAUUUUAUAGUGUAGAUGAAUGUAAUAACACGUACAGGCGAUACAUUCGGGCUGGUGGUAAUUUGGAAAAUGGAAUCGUUGACGAUCUGAUGAUUUGCGCCGGGAUCUCUAAAUCCUUAAGGAGUACAUGUCAGGGUGAUGGUGGUGGCCCUCUUCAGGUAUACCACCAAGAAACUGACGAAGUCAAAUGUAUGUACGAUAUUAUCGGAGUGACUUCCUUUGGAAAACCCUGCGGUUUGGCGAAAAAUAUUCCAGAUGUAUUCACUAGAGUAUCAGCUUAUAUAAAAUGGAUAGAAGAUAUUGUAUGGCCGAUCUAAAAUGUUAUUUUACUUUAAUAUUUAAUGGUAAUAAAGACUUGUAUUUUACAAUGUAAGAUUUUUUUUUCAAUAAAUGAAUUGA